GGACAAUUAAGAAGAUAUCCUCGAGAGAUAAUCCGAUGAAGGAUAUUAGAGCGUAAAAAGUUGCUCCACGUUCAAACGAUUCAAACGAUCGGUACAGAGAAGUUACCGAGUGCAAAAAGUGCAGGCGGCGCGAAUAGCGCUCAGUUGUUCUCCACCGAUACCGAUCGAGCAUGAGCGACGUCGGGUUUGACAGCUCCGUAUUGACGCUCGGGUCUCCUUUCGAACGCUGCCACGCGCCUCAACGAGAAUGAGCAUCCGCACGCACGAGUCCUGGCCGUCCCUCGCCUCUCGCAGCCGCGAUGAUUCCGCCGUCGGUCAAUAAUUCCGGACGUAACGUCCCAACGAUGGCCCUGACAUAACCUCUCGUCGCCGACGACUGCCGAACUGGCGCCGAGGGAAGCGAGUGAUUAACGAAGGGACUCGCGCCCCAGGGAAGAACUGUACCCCCCCGAGUCUCUUUCUUUCUCUCAUCGACGCCCGAAUGGAUACGCAAACGGACGUGAAUCUGCCACGGUCGCAAAUGGCGUUGCAAAACGUCAAUUCGGGCAACGCGUUUUACAUGCCUUUGAAAUCGUUCGCAGAGAUGUGGUAUCAGAUAUUUCUCUGGGCCCUGUUCUCCUCGAUAUUCGUGCACACGAUCGCCGGCGCGAUCUGCUUCGCCACUCUGCGACAGCACAAAUACGGCAAGUUCUUCCCGCUGCUCAUCAUAAUAAUGGGCGUGCUGCUGCCGCUCACCUCGGGCGUCGUCAGCUCGGCGGCGGUCGCCUUCGUGUACAGGGCCUCCGGCUACCAGAUGCCGCCCUUGUACGCGCUGUUCUGGGGCAUCGGGCAGACCGUGGUGCCGGUGUCCGUCGGAUUCACGCGUAUCCUAGCGACCCUGUAACCCGUCGUUACGAAUGCCGCGCUUGUGAUACACGUACACGUAGGAAACGGCGGUCGAGCGGUUCUCUUAAAGUUAUACAUAUGUACAUACGUAGGUAAGUCUGUCGCUUAGCAUCAAUUGCAUUGGUAUUUAUUAGCGAGCUGGCGAGAAACUGUUGACGAUCAUCGAGAGGUCGCUUAGGAAAGCGAACGCAUUUAUUUAAGUAUCGCAGCGAGAGCGUCACAGUUGUGUAUAUAAAUUAGGUCACGGUCUGAGUUUUCUUAAUUGUAAAUAUGCAUAUCGUAUAUUUUAUUAUAAAGUGCAAUGUUAAGUGGCAUUAUAUAACAAAUACUUUUACAUAAAAUGGAUCUAUAU